AUGGCUGCCCCAACUCUCAUCGCGGCUUUGGAGCAUAAUGUUAAAAGAAUUCUCAUGUGCCGACCGACUCAUUUCCAAGUAAGCUUUACUAUGAUUCAAAUCACCAAAAAUACCUAAUUGUUCAGUUGGCCUAUUCGAUCAAUCCGUGGAUGGACAUGCAGAAAGGAGUGAAUCGAAAAAAGGCAAUGGAGCAGUGGGAGAAUCUUAAGAGCACUCUGGAAUCGAGUGGAGCCAAAGUCCACAUUAUGGAAGCGCAGGUCCAAUUCCAAACACAUUUCAAGAUUAUACCAGUUCUUUUUAGGGAGCCGAAAGCUUGCCUGAUAUGGUAUUUGCAGCAAACGCAGCAGUUAUCAAAGGAACCAAGGCCUAUUUGGCUAAUUUUGCUCAUCCUGAGAGAAAAGGCGAGAGGUACUUUCAAUAUUCGGGGACAAAACGAAAAAAGAACAUUUCUAGAUACUUCUUCGAGGAAUGGUUCACUAACAACGGAUAUCAAUGCGUUGGAGAUUUGGACAUUCACUUCGAAGGUAAUUUUUUGAGAACUUUCUGGAAUUUGUCAGCUAUGAAGGUCAAUGAAACACUCAAACUCUGAAAUCUAAAAGUGGUGGGGCUAAAAAAGAGGAGAUUAUGAGCCGUUUCUUGAAUUUCAAAGCACCAGAGUCGUGGGAUCUCGUUCAAGUGCAAACAUGCGUCCUCCCACACAACUUUGAUUCCUCAAAAAAAUGGAAGAAAAUUCUUUUCAAACGCGGAAUCAAAAUAUGAACUUUUGCUAUUGGUAAUAUUAAUGAGAAAUCAUCCAUAUGAACUGGAACGAGCCUGAGAAGAAGAAGAUGCUCAAUGUCUAUGUUUUUGAAAUUGACGUCACGACUGGGGUUCAGUUUACAUUUCUCAAUAUCGCCUCCGAAACGCUCAUAUGGAACCAUUCAGCGCCUAAUUUCCUCCCUGGGCUGUCUGGUUUGAGAUUUUCAUUUCGGGUGAAUCUUUGGAAAGGCAAACAUUCUCCCUAGAAAGGAGCGUUGAACUUUAUGAAGAAAAUGAAGUAUAUAAGCAAUAUAUCUCUUGGAGAAAAAUUGCUCUAAGAUCGAAGAACGCUAGGCUUUUUCACGACUGGGGCAAGUUUCACUUGGCAUAAAUAUUCAAUUCGAACACGUUGGUUCAGCUAAAAGGAAUUCAUCAGGUAUUCUCAAUUUCGAAAUAUUGAGGACUUAUCGGUGAUCGAAAUGACUUCAGUUUUUUUAUCUAUUAGGCAUCAAAAAAAUCGCUCUAAAUAGUAAAUUUUUUUAUGUCGAAUAAAAAAAUAAAUAAAUCAAACAGCUCUCAGAAAACAUAAAGAAAAAAACUUUUUCAAUCUUCGGCAUCUCUUCUGAAAAUUGGUGAUCUUUCUUUUCAGCUUCUCGAGGAGAAAAAUUUUCAAAUUUUUUUUGUGAAAUUUUUUUCCUGAUUUCUUUUCCACUAAUUUUAUUCUAUUUUAAACAUUGCAGGAGCCGGAGACGCGUUGUGGGGCGGAGAUCAGAACAAGACACUGUUUGUGGGAGUUGGGACGAGGACCGAGUUCCGUGCACUGUCGGACAUUACAACCAAGUUGGACGAUGGGACCAACUGGAAAGUGAUCGCCUGUCGACUUAUUGACCCCAGGUGAGCCGGUUUGUCCGAUCAGUAAAUAAACAGAGGAAGUGGAAUCAUCGACUGUAAUCUGACCAAAUUCUGUGUAUCUUUAAAACUGGAAAAAUAACUUCGAGUAACAUGAAAAGGAAAACAUUCCGGAGUUUGUGUUCAGCAAAUUAGGUUUCAAAAAAGGUUGCUUCUAACCUUAUUAGAAGAAAUUGCUUUUCAAAGUCAAGAUCGAAGUUCGGAAAACAUACACGAAUGAUGCAAUUCCAGUUUGCUUUUUUGUGUUCAAUACUGUGUCCGGUUAUUAUUUUUUUAAUUAUGAAAAAAAGCGUGUUCAAAAAAAUUGUUCGCAACAUUUUUUUAAUUUGAGAUUUUGCAAAAAAAGUAACCAACUGUAAUCAAAAACAUAUAGCAAUGAUCAUUUCUCAUGAAGUUUUUUUCUAGUUUGCAAAGUUAGUUUCAGAACAAAAAAAUUUUUUCAUUCAUGCUUCCUAUCUGAAAAACAAAUCGCGCACUGAAAUAUUCUGGACAACUGUAUUUGAAAGACGAAAUUUUAGAAUCACAAAUAUUCUAGCUCAUUUAGAAGGCUCUCUUCAGAACUUGAAAAUUAGAAGAAAAAACCUUUCCGGCGAUCCAAAUAGUACUCAAUACAAAACUGAUGGAGUUUAUUUUUCAAUAAGCUGGUAUUUCCAGAUUUUACCACAUUGACACGGCCUUCUGUCCGUUGAACGAACAAGUCGCGAUUUAUUACCCAUACGCCUUCGACCAUGUCACGCAGCACAACAUGCGCAACGAGACCGACUUGAUCCCGGUACGUAGACGUCAUCCGACUAACAAUCAUUUUCCUGUCUCCUUUUCACUCCUUUUCUUGCAGGUUUCGUCGAAAGAAGCCCGCAACUUUGCUUGUAACGCUGUCGUAGUCGGACAGAAUGUUAUCAUGCACGAAGGCAACGACGAGAUCGCCAACAAACUUGCCAAACUCGGGUUCAACGUUAGGUGCGUCUUCAUACAAACAAAAUAUAGCUUCUUUUACAAUGAAAUCGCUCUGAAUCACAUGAAAAGAUAUUUCGAAAAGAAAAUUCAUUCGACGGUGACGCCAAGCGACUCUCAGGGAGAGUUCGCAAAUAGCGUGACAAUCAAAAAUUCAACAAAUUCGUAGUUUCUCGUGCAAUCUUGACUGGAACUUGCCCAUCCGAUUCAAAAAAAUCCAACUUUUUUUUUCAGAUUCGUCAACAUGAGCGAGUUUAUCAAAAGCGGUGGAUCGGCCAAGUGCUGCACUUUGGCCAUCUGA